CUCACAUUCUCAUAUUAUGGAAGGAACUUCUCGAACUUUUCCUUACACCAUAAAAUUCGUUGGUCUACUUGGUAGUCAUGCUCUUGGUAGAAAUCCAAAGUUCAUGGCCACGGCAGUGGAUUUAGGAAGGGAAUUGGUAAGGCGAAAAAUUAGGCUUACCUAUGGAGGAGGCAACGUUGGCCUUCAAGGAGCUGUUGCUUCAACAGUCUAUACCAAUGGUGGUAUAGUUAGAGGCUUCAUACCAGGGUACAUAGCAACACGACAGGUCUACGGACCUACAUAUGGUGCAGAGUACACCGUUUCCAGCAAUUACUAUAUGUACUUCGAAAUGAAUCAUGUUGUAGAAGCUUUCAUCAUACUUCCCAGGGGAAUUGAUACUAUGGAAGGUUUGUUCACUUUGAUCUCAUGGGCAUCCGAAGGGUUGCACAGUAAACCCAUUCGUCUCUUGAACAUCGACAGUUAUUUUAAUAACCUAAUCAAAUUUUUAGAUGACGCGGUGAGGCAGAACUUCAUGGCUUCCAGUCAGAGAAAACUUUUCAUCUCUUCUUUCUUUAUUGAUGAGCUUUUAGACAAGCUAGCAUUUGCUAAAGCUUUUCCGGGUCCUAGGCCAUAUUGCCCAAACCGCAAGGAAAAGAAGAAGAAGGAACGAGCAUACAUGGCAUGGGAUUCGGAAAGUUCCGGUGACAAAACCGCCACCUUAUGUCUUAUGGCUCAUGAACGAAAUGGAGAGGGAAGCUUGUUUCCCUUGGUUGUACAAAGGAAAGGUAUUUUCCUUCGGGUUGAAGUCUUGGAGUGCGGAUUAAGUAAAGGACACUCCACCAUUAGACCUCCACUCUUCGAUGGGACAAACUACACCUAUUGGAAGGAACGAUUGAGGAUUUACAUUCGGUCAAUCAACUUCGAACUAUGGUUAAUCAUCAAAAACGGUGAGACGAUGCCAAUGAAAAAGGUUGGUGAAACCACCAUCCCAAAGAAGGAGGAAGAAUAUGAUGCUGAAGACAUCAAGAAGGUAGAAGCUUUUGAAAAAGCUAAACACAUGAUUUUUUGUGCAAUUAACCCGGAUGACUACCGGAAAAUUUCUUCUUGCUCCACCGCAAAAGAAAUGUGGGAUAAGCUUGAAGUGACAUACGAAGGCCAUGGUUCUGGGCUAGCCAUCUACCCAGCGAUGGUAGAUAUCACCCAUCCAUGGGUAAGUGAUCCCGGGAUUCCAGAAUCAUUCCACCCAGCGAUGGGUAAGCAGCCUUCAGCCCAACUGAUUUCCAGAACCAUGCCAAACAGCGAUGGGAAGUUCUACCCAUCGCUGUUUAAGCCUUGGUCCAACAUUUUCACAAGGCAUAAUGCCCUUACCCAGCGAUGGGAACCUUUACCCAUCGAUGGGAACCCAGCGAUGGGAGGUGGUGGUCCCAAAGUGGUGAGAUACAAAGUCUAGAGGGGGGGGGGUGAAUAGACUUUGUUACAAAUUUAAAACUUUUUCGUUUCUUUUGAAAACGUGAAAAUGAGUGUUAAUCUAGAGUUCUUGUGAACUUUAGAUUGUGUGUGGAAUUUGGUGGGUAGAGUGAGCAGUAAUCAAUAUGGAUGGGUUAG